GGAGCCGGUAAGGGGCGGGACCCCCGUCGAUGGAUGACUGGAGUUUCCCUUGCGGUCUGAAGAUUAAUGGAAGGGGUCUGUUGAUCUUAAGAAUCGGCUAUCAGAUGGUCGGUCCCAGGAAACCGCUGCACUUGAAGCUUUCUUUCGAAGCGAAUGGACUUGUUUAGAUAAAGCAAGCGCAGCGUAGACGGAAAAACCCGGACAGUACUUUUUUAAAAUCCAGGUCUCACUUUGCAAGGCCUGUGAAGAUAGCACCUGGUUUGCUCAGGCCAGGAUACGACUUCGAGGGACGUUAACAAGCUAACGGCUAGCUUGCUCUUUACCCUGACGGAAAAUAUCUUCUUUGCGACCCGUUUAAUGGUCCCAAUUGGAUUCUGAAUGAACCACAUCGUGUCUGGAAUUAAAGCACACCCGAGUGACAUCUUAAUUGAUCGACGCUUGCUUGAAAUUUGACGCCAACGAAGCUAACAUCCUCUGGCCAUUCCUGUUUGAGUUAGCUAGCCUAUUAGCCUAUUAGCUUAGCGUUAGUAUUAGCUGCAUACUUGGGAGGAAGGCUCUCGCUUUGGGUUUGAGUUUUCCCGAAGACAUCGAGGGGGGGAAUAAAGUUGCUAUUGUCAGUCGAUAAUGAUAGCUGUAAGCUAGUAGGCAGCUGUCAGCUUUCAUUGAGCCCGGUGACAGUGUUUUGAGGUGUAGCAUCACUCAACGACUUGCAAAGGAAGACUCAGUCCGAGCCCGGGGACCCAACCACCAGCCUGCCAUCAUGGGCAACACGCCCACCGCAAAGAAGGGCAAUGAGAUGGAAAGCGGUGAGUACCUUUAAGGCCAUCUCUGCUACCCUAUAGCCCGUCCUUGGACUUCUUUUAUUGCAGUUUUGGUCGAGAGAUAAAAUAAGUUCAACUUCAAACCAGAGGCCCUGUGAACUUUGACUCGCCAAACCGUAUUGUACUGCUUUUAACGCGCCUUCCUGUUAUGAAAAAGUGCUUUUGCAUAAUAUAUUACAUUACAUACGUGCAAAAUGAAGCUAGGCUGUUGAAUUGGGACAUCUAACUCGUCUCAGCUGAGCUGCUUAGUAUGUUUUUCUUUCUCUCCGCUCAGUCUGUGGAAAAGCUCGUGAUAAAAAGCCCCCGGUUAUAUUCAGAGGUACAAGUUAAGAUGACAACAACCAACCUUAUACAACAGUCAUAGGGUUCUGUUGUGGGUCAUGUGUUGAGUUUUUUCCCCCUCUAUCUAAAGUAAGGCAAUGAUAGGCUGCAACACCAUUGUAAAACUAGUUUAUAAUGAUAUUUUUUUGUGCUUUUUUUGAAUAAUUGUGUCCCAGCUGAUUACUCCUCUGUGCAUGCUUCAGGAUAUCUGUGUUGACACUCAGUGGACUGUGGACUUGACCAUUUGAGUCUGUAUUUGACAUGUAAGUAAGGAGAAGGGAGAUGGUGGUUAUCAGAGGAGGAAAAAGCCACCAAGAAGGGGGUCAUAUGAUACAUGAGGGUGAUCCUCUCCAGGCAGAGACUUGCGAGUUUUGUAGUCUCUUGAACAUCAUGUGAUGAGCAGCAUUUAGAACAAGGGCACUUGUAUGUGUCACUAAAUGUGCGCAUUUGUGCGUAAAAGAAAGAUGCUGUACUCUCCAAAAUAUCUAAAAAAAAUUUUUGUAAGCUUGUUUAAAAUAAGACGGGGAAACUUUUUAUAGCUGUAAUAGUAAAAGAGAUAAAGCUCUUAGCUAUCUACAUUAAGGUCGUGUUCACACCUACAGGUCUGUUUCCUGAUUCGAAUCCAAGGCAAGACGAUACAUUUGUUUUGAUUGUUUAACUGGUCAGGUUUACGUUCACAAAGGAAAAACUCAAUUGCUUCAGAAAACGGAAGCGGAAGUCACGUGACCGCGAAUAUCGUUCGGUCAUUGGUCAUUAGUCUAUGCAGGAAUACAAACCCUGCUCUGCUGUCUUCACCUGUCAUGGAACAUCGUAGGCUGAUUCUGCUUUUGCUACUCAUCUGGAGCACGCAUCAAAAUACGCUAGUCGAUCGUGCAUACAAACGGCUCGUUAGCAUUACAUUCUGGAGUAGACGUGCUGCAAACAGCAGACGGAUAAAGACGCGUGUGGUGCAUUUCCUGUGAUUGGUGUGGAUGACGUUCACACCAAAAAUGAACCGCUCCAGAGAUCACUUGACAGCGGUCCGAGACCACCUUUUCAGGCGGACCAGAGUUUGUUUAUUUGGUCCGCAGCAGAGUUCGAGGUCAGCGUUCACACCGACCCAAACAAACCGCACCAAGGGGGUAAACGCUCCAGGGUUUGGUUCAACCGGACUAAACGAGGGUGGUGUGAACGCGCCCUAAGUAAACAAGAUGUUGCAGUUGUUAUGAAAUGUUAAGUACACCUUGGGCUGGGCGAUAAAACGAUAUAUAUUGAAUAUUAAUUUUUCUCGAUAAUGAUAUAAAACAUGGUCAAUAUGCUGUUCAAUUGUCGGCAUUCUGUCACGUUUUGGUAGACUAAACGAAUAGCCAAUGAAAAGGGGAGUUAUUCCAGAUCGCACCGUACUGAACCAACUAUGUGCUGGAUUAGAAUUAAGUAGCAAAGAACUGCAUAGUAGCAGGCUGCAGCUACACGCAACCAUGAACUGGUGGUGAGCGCCUGUGCAGCCGAAACAGCUGACCAUCCCGCUUUCUCUAGUGCAACGCCUUACGACAAAAAGGCAAAGAGACACAAAGACCUCACAGAUGCAGGAGCUUAUUAUAUUGCAAAAGACAUGCUACCAAUAAGCACUGUUAAAUGAGUAGCAGGGAACAUUUAAGAUUGACAAGUGAUUUUUUAAUAUCGUGAUAUAGAUAUCGACUGAUAUGAAAACAAUGUAUCGUGAUAAACUUUUUCCCAUAUCGCCCAACCCUACCCCCAUAAAGAAUACCUCAAACUCAGCCCAGAUGUUGAGCUUUCAUUUACCCUCCCAGGCGUUUUCAGUGGCUGAGCUCUGCCCAUAAAGAGCGCCCUGGCGGACACAUUUUAUGAUUUUAUCCAUGACUCUAUAAAUAACACUUGAGAGUGCAAAGUCUGAACAGGUAUCUGCAAAAUGAGUGUCAGCUCCUUGUUGCUGGUAGAGAGUAUGUGUGAAGAAUGGCUCUAGUCCCUCUGUAACAUUAACCCAUCAGUGUAAACCCUUGUAACAAGACCCACAACUUCUCUCAAGUGUUGUGGCACAGAGCCUCGUGUUCGAGGAGUAAUUGAAAUGAGGCAAUAGGUAGUGAGGAUGUAGGGAAAUAGGAGGCCUUGUUGAUGGGAGGUUUGUCCAAAUGUCAUGCUUCACAUCCUUAUCAGCUUCAAUCACAGAGGGUCCACCCUGAUCCCCAGAGACAGGUGCAGACCAGGGGCUCGGAGCCCACGGGGUGGAGCGUUCUUUUCCAUAGAGCACGAAGAGGUUUAGGACAACACUGGAGUCAGUUUUGGUUUCUAUGGAAAAGGAAAGAGAUUGUUGAGCCCGUUCAGGUACGAGGGGGUCUGGAGAAGACAAACACAGAGCUGCUGCUUUCGUAUACAAAGCUGAUAUCUGGCCUGAAGGAGGAAGCAGGACGGGCAGACAGACGCUGUGAACCACAGCAGGAAGUUAUGGAGCGAGGGAGGUCCAGCCCAGGCUCCGCACAGUUGAUCAUCGCCUCUUCUGCACUAAUGUAGCCUGCAAAGAUUGCCCGAAGCUUUGACCCAUCAGAUUCUUUUUUGAUAUCAUAGAUUUAUUGGAUAUCACCCUUUGUUAGAAGAACCACUGGAUAUACUACGGAUUGGAGAGUCCGCUCUGGCUAUCAGCCUCCUCCUGCUUUGUAUAAUGUCUGUUAUUCACAGACUGGCAGGAAGGCUGUUUCAGCGAGCCGGGCCCUGUCUGGGGGACACAGGCAGUGGAGAUGGCCGACAUGACCCACCACAGGAGGAGCUAGAGGCUUGCUGCUGGAGUGAGUUUUCACAUAGAGCUGGACAGAGGCAUUAGUCAGGGAUGGAGCCAAGGCCGUGCUGUGCUCCAUUAGCCUAGCUAGUCACUGUUAAAGCCCAUACUCUCAGGUUGAUGGUUAAUGAAGCUUAAUUUUUCUUACUCAAGUUGUUACUUAGAUCCAUUGUCACAAGAAGUGAGUUAAGUUUCUGUAGAUUAGAGUGGAACAAUGGUUUAAAUUUGUAUUGGUUGGACUGGUAUUUAUGGCCAACAGCCAAAAUCUAUGUACAUAUGUCCUUGUAUACAAAUACACACUCACACACACACACAGGGCAGCCUGUUGCUCUUGUCUGUCCUCUCGCCUGUUGUUUUGCUUGUAAGAGUAUGAAGGUAAUCAUUGGUGGAAGCCCCCGAUAUUACCUCUAUUCCGUCCCACAGUGCACAGGGCUCGACAGUGCGAUCGUUUCACUCGCAUUUGCGACUAGAAAUAGAUGUGUGCAAAUUUUAAAAUGUAUUUAGGGGCACAUGUGCAUAAAAAAAAAAAUCAGCCGAGGCAAAAAAGUGUUUUUCAUGUAAAUACCGCGGCAAACUUCGUUUUAGGUUGGAUAUUCAUUGGAAAUACACAGUCGAUCUACCGGUGUCUUCUCACUCUCCAUAACCGGGAAUAGCAACAGCAGCACGGUUAAAUCUACUCAGCACCCUCGCUGUCAAGUCGGGUGUUGAAUAAGGGACCAUCAAUAAAUUACCGGUUGAUGUUCUCAAAAAAAGGCUGUUUCCCUUCAAUAGCUUUCAUUUCAUGUGACCAAUUGACCGAAAAUUGAUUUCAAAUAAUAGUACUUAUGUCGACCAAUGAGACACACAUUAUUUGAUCAAUUUUUAUUGUGCCCCUGAAGUUUUUUGUGUGCUCCUUACUUUGUCAACUCAGGAGGACAUGUGCUUCCUCUAAAAUGUUAGUGUCAAGCCCUGGUGCAGUCAUGAACCUUUGCCAAAUACACAUUUUAUUUUUGGUAUAAACCUCCAUUAUCCUUUUACUCUGAGACCUCUUGUAAGUCUUCCUGAUUGCACGAGUGCUCAAGAAUAUUAUCUUGUACUCCACACACUCUUUGAACAUCCCAACAAGAUAAUGCUCACGGCCAGUUAUGACAUAAGAGAUUGUCGUGUGGAGUAUUUUUUUAUAUCAGACAUAUAAUGCAGUGGCACCCAGUCAAAGUGCAACUCCCUUUAUCUAUAAAUAUCCGUGUGGUUCAUGUUCAUGUCCUGCCCCUGCUCUGCUCUGCCUGCAGCUGGUUUGUGUAACAGGGCCAGGUUUGUGUUUGGAUCGUUCAUCACUUCCUGACUCCAGUGCGAGGGGGCUUUGUUAAAAGCCUGCACUGAUUACCAGUGGACCUUUACUGUUGAAAUGCCAAUCAUUAACCGUAGAUAAGCUUACAGCACUGUUGGCAAGCUGACACACUGCCAGGGAGUGAUCCCGAGACGCAAGAAAAGCAAAAGUGAAGGUGGACUUAAGCGGUUUGAAAAGACAGGGUAGCUUCCUUUUGAAUUUCUUGCAGUAACAACAGGAAGGUGUUGUGCACUUAUAAGCAGAGAUCAUGAAAUCAUCUGUCCUCUACAACGAGUAAAGCAAACUCUGUAAUCUUUUACUGCGUCUUAUCAUUCUGACACUGAAACUGAAGUCUGGCUGCAAAAUGAUAACUACUCACUGAAUCACCUUGAGUUUUUCGGGUUUGGCAUUGAAAUGACAAAACAUCUUAAUAAAUCCUGUAGACCAGCUUCGAUCUACAGUCCACAUCUUUGUUAAAACUUGUCACUUUUGUUUUAAACAAGUGUCAAAACCCACAAGCCGCAUCCUUAAAAUCACACGAUUUGAUUUUAUACAAGAAAAGAAAGAGAGCGAGGCAGUCAGGGAGUCGUGUUGAUACCACACAUUUCCAAAUCUUGACAGAGGCAUGGAUAGAUACUCUACUCUACCUUUCUUCCACACGCAUCAUAAUAGUAGUGAAGAAAUCCAAAGACAUGUCGCAACAUCCGCCCAAGCUGUCAGGAAUACUACACCUGAAUUGAUCUGCAGUCAAACUAACCAAUCAGUUCUUACCGUAGGUUGUUAGGUAACUUCCCAUUUUUUUUUUUUUGUUAGUAACUUCAUGCUCACCAGUCACAGAGAUAAAAAUCCUCUGGAUUGAGCAGAUGACUACAUUUGAUUUCUCAGUUCUUGGAAGGCCUCCUUUAGUUUACCACAGCUCUUUUUUUGCUCUCUGGCUGAUACCACAUGUGGAUGUCUGCUAUCUGAGCGAGGCCUUGUGUAGACUGGGACACGAUUUGUCGCGCUUCACAGCUAAAUGUUGGUCAGCUCGCCCUAAUAUAACCCCUUUAGUUUUUGCGUCAGAGUGGACCAGUGAGGCCCAGGGGAGAGAUGUAUGAUUGAUUUUUUUGGAGGAUUGAUUCGGCACUGGCUCUGCAUAGACUCUCUGGUGCAUUUAGGUGGAGGGAAAUAUUUCUGCUGUGGUUGGUGAAGUUCCUGCUCGACAAUGUCCCUGUAGAGAGGCAAUUUUUUUGAACACUAGAAUGAACUCUAGCGGUUUUUCUUCACGCAAAUGUGACAUCGAACUGUUUUUUCUAAUUAGGGAAAGUUUGAGUUGUAUCUAGAUGUGUCUGGCUUAUCUCAAGGACUCUCACUCAGGCCUAGUUUUCCGUAAAACUUCCUCUCUGGGUUGGAUAAAUAUACCAGCCGGUGUUUUAUGCCCCUCCCCCUGGUGAUCAUGCCCCUGUUUUGAUCAAUAUAUAGCCCCUAUGUGUGCACGUGUGUGUGUGUGUGCGUGUGUGUGCGUGUGUGUGUUUGACAUGGGAGGGAGCAGCAGAGUACUUUGAGCACAGAAUAAAUAUUGAUACAAACCAAAGCAAGGGUCCAAUUGAUCCGUGAGUGUAACGGGAACAUCGCUGCUCUCUCCACGCUAAUUUUGACCACACGCUGCGUGUGGAGGCCCCCCUCUCUGACUUUUGUUUCCCAGCAAAACAACAGCGAAGGCAGGAAAGAUUGAAGACAGACGCCGUGCGGCAAGGACAGUUUGACUGGGUAUCUGCGGAUGAGUGGGGGCUCCUGAGCUGACCAGAGCGCUCUCAGAGGGGGGAGGAAAGGUCAUGAGUCAGUGACUGCGAGGAAGAGGCUAAGGAAGACGAACAGGGGAGACUUUACAGGGCUAAUGUGUGACAGGAAGAGCUCCAGAAAGCAUGCAGGGAAGAGGGAGUCAUCCUCGCGCUCAAGUGAAUCAGGGUCGCGGUCAGCAGAUGGUGCAGCACCAGAGGUACCCAUUGUCAUCCCAGAUGGUAAGAAAUUUGGGGGGCAGAGGAUUGUUUAGGUGUUGACUUUUCGUUUUGUUUUGGCAGCAGUAAAUCUUCUGUCUGAUGUUGCAGCGAGGCUCUGAUAGGACUAACUCUUGGUGGUUAGUUGUGGGAGUUGAGUAACAAACACUGAAAUGCGCUCUCCCUGUCGACCAGUCAGAUUCCAUCGCUCUUUGUGAGCCCAACUCCACUCUUGACAUGUUUAUGCGAACUUUGGUCCGUGCAUUUUCCAGCUCGCUUUCUCCCAUCCUAUUGUUAGAGCGUCUAGUCUUGGGAGAAUUAGCAGGAAAUCACGUUAUCGGGAUCAGGAUUUAGCUUCUGUGUGGUUUUCAUGUGCAUAUGUGUGGGAAAUGCUCACAUGAUUUUCAAGUGGGUUUCCUUUUGUGAAGUCGUUUGUUUAUGAAAAUGUUCAUAAUAUUUGCCUCCGUUUUCCCGGUUUGAACACGUCCGCAAAGACACGACUGUACAAAGUUCAUUAACUUUCUAUGUACUGUCAGUAUUGACCGCUGGCUGGCGUUAUUUAAACUGAGCUGAAGGCAUCAAUAACCCCGGCAGAUAGAUAUUCCACAUUAUCCUGAAAAGCUUUACAUCAUUCCAGCUAGUUUUCAGUCCCAGUGAAAUGCCUCAAUAUUCGACAUGAAUUAAAAUCUUCUUUCCAAGACCAGCAGCAGUUAAAUCGUGCAGCUAUACCAGCUUGCAAAUGUGUUUAAUUUCCCCUUUUUUAAAAGACUGACAGGCAUCCCGGGCUAAUGGUUAUAAAAAUCUGUGCCCCUUUUAUUUGCUCGGACAGCUAAUGUCCUAAAAACGAGCACACAGUGAGACAGUGUGACAGAAUGAGGAAGGACUGGUUAUCUCCAUGUUCCCACAGAGCGCUGGAAUUAGCCCCAUAAAGGUGAGAGUGUAAAACGAACAACUGCAUUUGACACAGUGUGUGCCAAGCUGUCAAAUUCUGUCCACAGGCACGUCUGUUUGUCUUAAACCGUGUGUGUGUGUGUGUGUGUGUGUGUGUGUGUGUGUGUCAUAAUGUGUUUAUGAGACCACGGUGUAGGUUUGCACUAAUAGCCAUGCUUCCUUGUGUUUAACUCUUGGCAAAGAUCUUUUUUUUCCUAGAAGCAUAUUUUCAUGCAUUUCUUAAAAGCGCUGACUUAAGGCCAACUUCUGCAAAUUGGCUUCUCCCCCGAGAGCGCACAGUGACAAAGUCAUUUACUACAUUUAGGGACGAAAUCAAAUCAAAAAUGUUGGGUUUUUUUUGUGAUUGAAAUAAAUAUGGCGGCUCAGUCUGACAGUCUGACAUUGACUACAGCGCUCUCACACGGGGCUGUGUCGAGCUGUCGCGCUGCAGUCAUCGAUUAUUUCAGUCAUUGAGUAUCCUCUCAGUGAUUCUGAUGAUUAUCAAACAAUCAGAUGAGAAAUAAGACAUGCUCUGUGAUUCAUUUUCAUUGAUUUUUGUGUCUUUACUGCCGUCAAGAGGCUAAUGAACAUUUAUUGGCAAAAUCAAAGGGAUGCGCUGCACCUGCUGACCCAACACAAAUAUACCUGCAGCACUGGAUUGUUGCAUUUUAGGCUUCAAGUGCUGGUGUGUGUGUGAGACUAAUGUAAUAACAUGAAUGAAGCAGCUCAUGCUUGAAUGAAUUAGUUUCAGGAUUUUAUUAUCUGUGGGUUGUUAUUUCCUUCAACAAAACUUAACUAGUAUAGGGACACAGCCUGCAGAAGAGUCUUAAUGUCCUUUCACACUGGAAGCGUUUUUUUUCGUGCGAUUAUUUCGAACGUCAGUAUUUUUUGUAAACCCGUAUCCUGUCAAUACAAGCGUUCACAUCAGCGACGUUUUCCCGUCCUGCGAUAUUGCGGCAUUGCAUCACACCCAAGUUCCCAGCAUUUCAGUUACCAAGUCGGAAGAAAGCGAAAUUUGAGGCAUAAACAAGAUGGCUACUUCUACGAAAGUUAUCUUAGCGCUUGCUUUGUCCAAAUAUAAGCGAACACUAAAAUAACUUUCGUAGAUGUUGCUAUCUUCUUUCAGGCCUCCGAUUUUGCUUUCUUCCAACUUGGUAAUUGAAACGCUGGUAACUUGGGUAUGACGUCAUUUUCAGCUCCGAUAUCUGAUUCCUGCGGUAACUCGCAUGCAGCAUAAUAAUUAAAAAAAAACUAUAUCGAACCUUUUUUUUUCCCCCAGUGGCCCUAAACCUCUUCCAUAGAUAGCCAGCUCACUUGCUCAACCAUUAAAUCUAACAGAAUCAACCGGCAGUCUUUGCGCAGCACCACAUGUUAAACAUUAUCUAUCCCAAUCCUGAACUCUCCUGAUCAUAACUUAAGGCAGACAGUUCUCUGACACUUUCUCUAAAAGCUUUAUUGCAGCAGAAUUUCUUUAAUCUUCACAACCACAAAGAAAUCAUUUCAGUAAAUAUGUGAUGCAAAAUUUGAACACGCUUUAGCUUUUCUUACAUUACAUGUGAUGCAUUAAACAAACGUAAGGGUAGUUAAUUGCUGUUGUCAGUUUUGUAGCUUGUUUGACAGCUUCACGCUGCACCAUACACUUGGCACCAUCUGCAGCACAUGAAGUAAUGCAUCACAGCAAAGCUCAUAAAGGCCUUCAUUUGCAUAUGUUAACAACUUUGAAGUAAGUUACUCUUCCUCACAUGAAGCAAAUCUUCUUUCAAGUAAAUGAGCUGUCUGACAACCUUUGCAUGGCCACAUCUGUGCAAAUCGAUACGCUGUUGAAACAAGACUGAUCUGUUUUUAUUUGUUGGCCACUUUGUCCGAUUAGGGGUUUAAUUUUACCCAUAAAAUGAAUGAGGUUAUUAAAUGAGAAGGUUAAAUAAUGUAGUUGUUUUUGCAGCAAUGUAAAAUAGAUAUUAGGCUAUGAAUAGACAUUUGUUUGAUUUAUUGAUUUGUCUAGGGCGUGCCCUCUUGGGCACACAUGGUCAUUCAAAACACGUGCUUGUUUUCUGGAGCAGGCUGGCUGGCUGGCAGCAGGAAGUGCUUCUCUCUCAGUCCUCUGAAAUGCACCCAAUCUUUAGAUAUGCAAAGAGAAGAAAAAAAAAACCACACAGUCUGAUAGAUAAGCCUCACUGGUACUGCUGCAGGGAACCAUCCCCAACAAAAUGAUGCUGGUGCUAUCAUUCAUCGUAUUUGUGAUGAGAAGGUGAAAGUCAGUUUUCAACUGACUGAACAGAGCUUCAGUUAGAUGGGUAAACGGCUUUUCAUUUAGUUAAAUUUGUCAGUUUAGGUUUCCUCUGCGCCCUCUGGACUGAGAUUUUUGCCUUCUCUGAAAAACAAGUAACUUUAAAGACAUCCAGCAAACUGUCUCUUACUCAGCUUUGGUCUCUCUCUUCCAGCUGAAGCUUCUCCGGGGUUUUAUUGGGCCUCAUGAUGGCCUCCAUCACAAGCACCUGUCCUGAACCCUGUUAUUUACAGCUGUAUUAACUCUUCAUUCUUUAAAAUGAUUGACCUCGCUGCACUCUGAGGAUUUCUGCUGCUGUCUGAGUUUUUAUCGCUCUCCACUGACUGAUAUGUCCAUUUUAGAGCAAACUAGUUAUGACUUGUUGUGGGACUUUAAUCUUCAUUUAGUCGACUUGAUACAUGGAGAAACUGGUGCAUCAGUUCUUUGAGAAGUAUUCGGUUAAUCAAAGCCUUCUGUAAAUUCACAAGUUCUUCCAGUUGUCUCCUCAAACUCUUCGUCACAUCAGAGAAAAGGAAGUCAAAGUGGUUCAAACGAACAUGGACUGGUAUCAUCCGACAGCCUUUGUUGUGUCAGUAUUCACGUCCUCAAAGACACAGAGUGUGUGACACUGAGGGAAUUCAGUCUGACUCUACAACUUAUCAGAGAGCGCCAACUUUGUCGUGUUCUCAGGGUCUUGAUUAUUAUGUGAGGCGACCCAUUCAAGUCUGGACUUUCUUUGAGAUCUGUAUUCAUCAAGCUCUUUUGUUUCUGAUUGCAGUGAAGGAGUUUCUUGCGAAAGCCAAAGAAGAUUUCCUAAGAAAAUGGGAGAAUCCAGCACAGGUGAGAGGCAAGAUUGUGAAAAUUCUGCAUUGCUAUUUUUAAUUAAUCUCCAUUUUAUCAAUAUUAUUGUUAUUAUGACACAGUUUUAACUCUCGUGUUUGAAUGUGUGUGCUCACCUGCUCAGGCAAGACUAUUAGAUAAAGUCCAACCCACAACAAAUCAGGAUUUAUUUAUUUUAGAGAGCCAGUGCCCCCUCUGCUGGGCUGUUUUGGUACAUAUCCAUCAUGUAUUUUUACAGUAAAUCUUCCGUCAGCUCAAUUGAGAAAUAAACUUGUCCGUCACUAAAACAACAAGGACUCUCAUAAAUACUUAAUAUUAACCAAGUGGGCCCUUUUUUUGUUGAGUUGGUUAGUAGGUUAAAUUUUUGCAGCCUUUUCUCUCACUGACUCCCUGUUCUCCCCCCACAGCAAACUGCGGCAUUGGAUCACUUUGAACGUCUGAAGACCCUAGGCACUGGCUCAUUUGGUCGGGUCAUGCUGGUUAAACACAAAGAGACGGGCCAGCAUUUUGCCAUGAAAAUACUUGACAAACAGAAGGUACAGUACUGUGAGGCAGGAGAUUGAAGAGUACAAGUGGGUGCUUGAAUUUUGUGAUUCAGCUGUUAUUUUCUGGCGUGAAUAUGAAGUUAAAAUGCAUUGAGGGAUUUCAUCGGAGAAAGUACAUUCAUUAAACAUCCUGAUCUUCGAAUUAGAAAGGUCAAACUCAGUGUAAAGUCACAGUUAUCUCCAAUCAAAGGCCCAUGUGACUGUGGCAGAACUCACUAUCUUUCGCUGCAGAACAAGUGGAACCUCUGAUGGUGAAUCAAUCUGAAAGAAGCACAAAGAUCACUUUGUUGCAGGAGUUUAAACACCCUCAGAUGUCUGACUUUACUGCAUGUUGAUGUACAGUGCCCAGCAGAAGUCAGUACACCCCCUAUUAAAAUUAAUGUAUUAAUCAAUAUCCAGAUGAGCAAAAGUACAAUUUCCAAAGUUUUGACAAAGCUGAGUUUAACAUGACAUUUUAUCUACCAUAAGAUAAAAAUAAGGGUGAUAUGGUGACUAAAAUUUAGCUUUUCUCCCAGAACUUUGAUGACUCAUUUUUGCACCCUGAUUUUAAAUUGAAAUAAGUAUUUUUUGUAUGCAACUUAAAAAAAUCUUGUUUACAAUCAAUAACCUUCAUUUGGGAGAGUAUUUUGUCGUAAAGUCUGACAUAGAAAAUGUUGAUUUUGAAAGGAAACUAAAGGUUUUCUGACAACUCCGAAGGGGUGUACUCAUUUAUACUGAGCACUGUAUGAGCUGAGUUUUCUACCUUUUUUGUCUCUGUUCUUCGUAGGUUGUAAAGCUGAAGCAGAUAGAACACACACUGAACGAGAAACGUAUCCUGCAAGCCGUCAGCUUUCCCUUUCUGGUGCGGCUGGAGCACUCUUUUAAGGUAUACAUUAAGGAGAUCACCCGUGCGUGUCUGAAAUCGACACAAACUCUCUGCGCGCAUGUAAAUCUGAGACUCUGCUCAUCUCUCCUCAGGACAACAGUAAUCUGUAUAUGAUAAUGGAAUAUGUGCCUGGAGGUGAAAUGUUCUCACACUUAAGGAGAAUCGGUAGAUUCAGGUGAGCCGACUUUAAGAAAGUAGCUCCUGAAUAUUUUUCCGUGCACCAAAGGGGUUGACUGUAAACAUGGUGGCUGAUUUGUUUUUCAGUGAACCACACGCCCGCUUCUACGCAGCCCAGAUUGUACUGACCUUUGAAUACCUUCACUCGCUGGAUCUCAUCUACCGAGAUCUUAAGCCAGAGAACCUGCUCAUUGACCAGCAGGGUUACAUACAGGUAAGGAUUUCAUUAUUAUUUUUUUCAACCAUCUAUAAUAACUUCUUUAUUUGCCUUGGUGUCCUUGCAGAGCUAACAGCUAUACACUUAUUGUCCACAGGUAACAGAUUUUGGAUUCGCAAAAAGGGUGAAGGGGCGAACCUGGACGCUUUGCGGGACCCCUGAAUACCUAGCACCAGAGAUCAUCCUCAGUAAGGUGGGUUUUCACCCCAGAACUACUGUUGAUUUCAAAGGGGAGUGGUUUAAAGUCCUUUUUUGGAAAUGAUUUUAUGUUUUUGCCAGAAAUCUGUAUUAGGACUUUGGCACUACUUGCACAACUCGUGUCAUGUAUGAGCAGUUUUGUGUGAUGAAAUAUCUUAUCUCCCUUUAUUUCCUUUGUUUAAUCCAGGGUUACAACAAAGCAGUGGACUGGUGGGCUCUGGGAGUGCUGAUAUAUGAGAUGGCUGCCGGUUACCCCCCCUUCUUUGCAGACCAGCCUAUUCAGAUUUAUGAGAAGAUUGUAUCAGGGAAGGUGAGUAAAUGUAAAACUACUCAAACCAUAGACACAUAGAAUUUACACUGCUGUUACAUCUCAUCCACCAUAUGCGACGGACGAUGGUAGGAUGAAGUCAUUCUGCUUCUGAUACUUCCAAGGAGGAAGUAAGAGAGGCAGAAUAGGGGAAAGUCUGCAAUGUGUGGAGGGGAGCCACAGCCCAGUGUGUGCAUGCAUGUUUAAAUGUGCGUCUGUGUGUUUACAAGCUGAGCCUCUUGUGCAUUUGCAGCAACUAUAACGCGAUCUAUAACCGCACACUGGGACACCAAUGUUACGCUGUUUCAGGAUACAGCGUGCACAAAGGUGUGGUGACGACAGACUCUGUUGCAUGUACAUGCGUCAAGGAUUUGAUCGGAAUAAAGCGUGGCAAUAAAGUUUUGAGUUGGUCCCCCAGUUUAAUAUAUCAAAAACAGAAGAAGAAAUAGUUCCCUCCACCAGUCCCUGUUAACAAAUAGUGGUGGGAAUCACUCGUGGCCCCCGAUACACAAUAUUGUGAUUUUUAACAUUUUGCAAUACAGUGAGUAUCGCAAUAUAAUAUAUUGCGAUUUAUACAAUUUAUACAACUGUUUAGCUAAUUUAGCAUUUGUCUUUCCUUUAUGUUUGUCUUAUUUACGCAGUAUUUUAUUUUCAUGUAGAAUAUCUUAUGUAUUUGUUGCACUAACUUUCCCCUACUCUAUGAUAUCACCUCUGCCAACCUAACUGGACAAACAGUUGAUUUUAUUUUUCCAUUAUCAUAGAUUUGACUUCAUAUUAACGAUUAAUUUGAAAAAUCGAUACUUUGUAAAUGAGACGAUACGAUAAAUCACCAGACAAAAUAUCGCGAUACCAUGCUGAACCUAUUUUUUUCUCCCACCCCUAUUAACAAACACUACUUUUUUGCUUCCUGACAUUAUACAUCUCUACAUAUUGCUCCUCAGGCAAGCAUACAGGUCUAACUUUUGUCUGUAGUCACUCAUAUAGUUAGUUAAUAUAAUCGUUUAAAUGGUCAGCAGUCUUGCAGCAAAGGGCAUAAAUCAGCUCUCUGAAUGGGAUCAAACCACUGUACCCCAAAUGAGGUGUUCACAUGAAGCACUUGCGUACUGAUCAGGCUGUUGUUUUAAUUAUAAGUGGUCAGUGUAAACACAGCUCUUAAACGGGGAUAAAUGUCUACGAAAAGGACUAAAAGCUUUUCAAUCUCUGUAUCUUAGUUUUGAGAGGCGUAACAGAGAAAGUGGCAUAACUGCCAAACAUGGGAACUUUUGCUUUCUAUAUUAAGUGGACUCUCUUUAUGAACGCACGGGGUCUUUUUCUCGUUAGGCUCAAUUUUAUACGCCUUCAGCUUUCAGUCCAUUUGUCGGCUAGUGGGCCGAAUAAUACACUGACCCUGUUUUGCCGAUGGCAUAACUUCAUCAUCAUGAGAAGAAGGGGGUAAAUGUAACUGCUCUUAACUCAAUAAUUCAUCUGUCUGUUUAAUAGAAACACAUGCUGAAUUUACAGAACAUGAUUUGGUGCUUAAUUUGUUUUCUUUUCCUCAAGUAAAAACAAUUAAUUUCAAUUUCACAGUUGGCUUGUUCUUUGUCUUUAGUUGUACUUUUAGAAGAUUAAAUGCCCAGUGAGGAAACUGUUUUUAGGAGUUGUUUGUCAGUUUAAUGCCCUGUCAAAUUCUUUACGUUUUUCAAAAUCUGUUUGAUUGAAAGGUGUCUUAAAGUAUAACCCCAAAUCCACUGUAAGAUGUUGAUAAAAACAGAAUUUUAUGUUUUGCAAAUCUUUUAAUGCCUCGCCUUAACGAAAAUAGUCCAAAAACAACUGAAAAACACAAUAUUUUCAUUGUCCUGUAAAGAAGUGUGCUCCUUUUGAUUUUGACAGCAUCACAUUUCUAAGCAGCUGGGACACAGGCAUGUUCACCACCGUGUUGCAUCGCCUCUUCUUUUGACAAAACGCUGUAAACGUCUUUGUAAUCCAAGACUUUCUGAAAGGUUUGAAAGUUAAACGUCUCAUUUUCGCCUGAUGAAGGAUUCCUGCUGCUCAACAGUUGUGGGUUUCCUUUGUCGUGUCUUUUGUGUCAUGAUGUGCCAAAUGUUUUCAAUAGGUUUUAAGUCGAACAGCAGGCAGGCCGGUCCAGCACUUUGACUCGUCUACUACAGAGCCGCGCUUUUGUGAUAUGUGCCAAAUACAGUUUGGCAUCUUCCCGUUGUAUUUUGCAAGGUUUUCCCUGAAAAACACAUUCAAAAUCUGCUCAUAUUAUUCAGCAUUAAUUGUUACCUCCCAUUUAUCCCCAUAUCAUAAGAAAGGCUGGCUUUUGAACUGAGCCCUCAUAACAACCUGGGUGCGUACUUCCCUUCUUUGGAGCAAAAAGGAAGCCAAAUUUUAAUUUGUCACACCAUAGUAAAGUUUUGUACUUCGAUUCAGUCCAUCUGAAAUGUGUUCUAGCCCACAGAAGCUGCCAGCAUCUUUGAAUCAUGUUUAAAUGGUUUCCUCUUUGUUACAGUUUCGUCCUGGAUUUGCAGAUCCAGCACCAGACUUUGUUCAGAGACAGGGCUCGACAGUGUGACCGUUUCACUCGCAUUUGCGACUAAAAAUAGAUGUGUGUGAAUUGUAAAAUGUAUUUAGGGGCACGUGCGCAUAAAAAAAAAUCAACUAAAGCAACAAAAUGUUUUUUCAUGUAAAAACCGCUGUGAAGUUAGUUUUAGGUUGGAUAUUCGACAGAUGUUCACUGCGGAUCUACCGGUGUCUUCUCACUCUCCAUAACUGGGGAAUAGCAACAGCAGUGUGAUUAAAUUCACUCUGCAUCCUCACUGUCAACGUUGGGUGUUGAAUAAGGGACCGUCAAUAAAUUACUGGUUGAUGUUCUCAAAAAAAGUCUGUUUUCCUUUAGCAGCUUCCAUGUCAUGUGACCAAAAGACUUAAAAUUGAUUUCAAAUAAUAGAACUAAGGUCGGACAAUAGACACACCUCUUUAUUUCUCUUAUUUGUCCUCUAAAAAUUGUUGGGUUAAAUUUAAAGGCAAAUUUUGAACCUUUCCUUCUAUAGCUUCCAUGUCAUGAGACCAAAAGACCUAAAACUGAUUUCAAAUAAGACACAAAGACACGCAUUAUUUGAUCAGUUUUCAUUGUGUGCCUGAAGUUCUUUGUGUGCUCCUUACUUUUUCAUCCUAGGAGCACAUGUUCUCCUUCUGAAAAAAAUUAGUGUCAAGCCCUGCAAAGACAGUAGUUUAGCUCAGGAUGCCCUGACUCCUACAUGUCAUGUCCGUACAAAAUGUACAAAACCGAUAACUGAUCAAAUUGUGUUUCUUCUUUUGGAGCUGGAGCUGAACAUACAACAUGACACUCCAAUAACGAAUGCCUGCAAGGCUGUGUCUGUUGUUGGACUGCAUCUGUUAGCUCUUAUCUCUGUUGAAACUUAAUCACUGUCAUAAGUGACUUGAAACAUUGCAUCAUUGUUAACAUCAGGAUGCCCAUUUUUAGCAUCAGCCAAACGGCCGUCAUCUCUGGCAUUUGUUUACGGUGGUUUGUCAGAUUUGGUGAGAGAGCGGACCUAGCAGCAGUUGAAUAAGGCUGUGGACUAGACUGUCUUGAUGCAUCAGAGGGGUUAAGUCAAAGUGGAACAGUGCAAACAAACAGCAUGUCACAACCAGGCAUAUCAUAUCUAGAUUCAAGAUUAGAGUCAUUUCAGACCAUCUCACUUCAAACCUCACACUCACGCUGCUUCACUUCUCCGCAGGUCCGCUUUCCCUCCCACUUCAGCUCAGACCUGAAGGAUCUGUUGAGAAAUUUGCUGCAGGUGGACCUGACCAAGCGCUUUGGCAACCUCAGGAACGGAGUCAAUGAUAUCAAGGGCCACAAGUGGUUCGCCACCACCGACUGGAUUGCGAUCUACCAGAGGAAGGUGAGAGGAAUGCAGUGAGGCCAUGACUUUGUUGGACGACUAAAUAAUGCUCACCAAACAUAUUUCCUCUUCUGUCAAGCAAGAUUACAGCGCAACUGACAGAAACAGAUUACUCUAUGUGAAACUCUAUUCACAGUUUCCCUCAUCACCGGGUUUCUCAACACAAAACAAAAAAAGGGAAAAAUGUUACGAUGACCCAUCCUAAACCUUGUAGUCAUCAGGGAAAGCUGGGAAACAAGGCUGCACAGAGAGGGACCCCCAACUGGGCAGUCAGGCACGUAAUGAGAGUGGACAGUUUUCAAACAAAGGUUAACUGUUGAGAAAAUAUACAGUCUAAAAACAGCACACUGGGGAAAAAAAACGGAAAAUCUUUAAUGUAAAUGACAGUUUCAUUCUGAAUGUUGUUGGCAUAUUCACACAUAAUACAAACGAGUUCAGAAAGUAGAUAUUUUUUUUCAUCCAGUUCAAACUUAUUCUGGUAAUUCUGGGAAAAUGAUCUCAUGAGACGAGUAUGCUUCAGGGAAAGAAAGUUAUAGUGCUUAAUCACCAAUUUGGUCUUGCAAUGUGGCCUCGAGAGUAAUUGCCUUGCAUGAUCCCUCCAUUGUACCUUGAAUUUGACCUAUAUUUAAAAAGUUUGAAGACUUUUGAAUGAAGAGAAAAAAGUUUUGAUUUCCUCAUGUGGAGCUGAUUCUUUUGACAUGCAGUAGGUAAUCGUGCUCGCCGUAACAGCUGUAACGUCCUCCAUCUGAGCAAACUAAACUCCAUCACCCUGAUGAUUUGAUUAUCCUUCUGUGUUCCAGGUUGAAGCCCCCUUUAUCCCUAAGUGCAAAGGCCCCGGCGACACGAGCAACUUCGACGACUACGAGGAAGAGGAAAUCCGAGUCUCCUUCACAGAGAAGUGUGCGAAGGAGUUUGCCGAGUUCUAGAUUACAACCAUAAGUAGCGAAGAGACAGAGAGAGACAGGUAUUUAGAAAGUCAAAGGGGGUCAAAAGGAAGGAAGCUCUAGGGUGGACUGCUAACGUGCUUAUUUGUAACGACGACAACAAAUGUAAAAUCCCCCAAAAGGAAAGGUAGGCAAAGCGCAGAAAGAUCCAACAGAACCAGCAGUGUUGCCUUUUCUGAUUGUUUCUCAACUGUUACCUUUUCGUUUUAUUUACCCCUCUUGUGUUUUGUGGCAGGGGGCUUGAGGAGAACAGGCAUAGUUCUGUGCUGUUCGGCUUUCCUUGUAUCUUCUCUGAUGGUGUAAUGACAUGUUUUCAGUCUUUGCAGGUUGAGGCAUUGAUUCUCUGUUAAGGUACUGAAUCUGCUAGGCUCCUUUUCUAACGGACCAUCUCUACUAGCUUCUCAAAGAGUGAUUGUUGUUUCUUCUUGCCAUCCUGGUCCCCCCCUCCCCUCCCUUCCCUCCCUCCCCCUUCCUCUUCAUCUCUCUAUCCCGAAUCUGUCCAAGCAAUACCAAGUCCAACAGAUGUGCCUAUCAUAAUGCCAACUGGUUGGAAAACUGUGUCGAAAGCAUUGGUGCAGAGCUUUGGCCAUGGUGGCAUCAGCCCUUGUGCCCGUUUGGUUGAAAGCUUGAAAAACACUCUGCGCCUGCCUUUGUCUGCUCAACGUGGCAUGAUUAUUGGGUAGAUGAUGCACUCGCUGCUCGCAGUUGAGCAGUGGUGACCUCUUAGAUCAGAGUGAGUAUGAUUUAUCACAGUACACUUUGUCUAGGCCUUACUCCGUGUGAGGACCGGUGAGAAAUGAGAAACAUGAGAUCUGCAUCGAAGUCUGUCUUUCUCUCAGCUGAAUUUAUUAGAGCAUUUUAAGAAUCCUAUUGGUGAUCAUUUUGUCCUUUUUAUGUCAAUCUCUGUGCUUGUGUGUUACUUAGUGCUCAAGGGUGGGUUUAAAAAGCUGUGAUUUAGCAGCGACUAACAUUGUGGUCACACUCCUGACUAUUGUUUAUUUAAAUCAUAGUACAUUUAUUAUAGAUUUCUCUAUCUUUACUUAUAUGUGUAUCUGUGUAUAUAAAUAUAUAUAUAAAUAAUGAUAGAGAAUAUGAAUUAAUCCAUCUUUAUCUCUUUUUCAACUGUGUCUCAUAGCUGUGAAACUGAAUUAAGAUUUCGUAAAUAAAUAUAUAAAUAAACAAACAUGAACUCUGCCAAAUUUGCAAACUGAGAGCAUUGCAAAGUUUUCUGUACGUGACUAUAAUGGUGGUGGAUUUUAAUACGCAAAAAAGUAGCAAAAAUGUCUCAACAAAAUGUGCAUGUUAUUUUUGUACAAAAUCACUUUCAAGGAAAGCAGCAGCAGCAGGCAGAGCUAAAGGCUUUAUUUGUGCUGAGGUACAUCACAUCAUGGAUAAAAUGCUUCAAACUCUCAAGAUGGACUCCGGCUGCUCUGUUUUUGAAGAUGGAAGCACACCAAGUUAGAUGUGUCUGAAAGUUCUGCUGGGCUGUGUUCACUCAUACAGUUGUAAGGUAACAGUUUUCAGAUAAUUUUCACUGAUCUUGUGCUUCUCACAUUGAUAAUUUUGGAACCCUUUCCAUUUUCCUUGUAUAUAUUAAUAUGUAACACCUUCAGAUAGAUUUAAAAGUCCAACCAAAAUUUCUAGGAGUGUAAAGAUUGGAGUGGGUUUUAUUUUUGUUUGUUUUGUUUUUCAAUUUUUGAGCUUUUGUGUAACAAAUUAAAGAAAGGAAUUUAUCCUUAAGCUGUCCCCUUUUGCCAAGUUUUUUUUUCUGUGGAUGCAAGACAAUCGCAGACCAAAUCUUACCGCUGGUUUGUUGACUGAAUUCAUUAUUUUGGUUUUGAUGAAGGAUGUUCACCCUCCUCCCACCCCCUCCUCCAUAAGCCCUAGGUGCUAGUAUUUUCUCCAUCUCACUGAAAAGCUUCUGUGAAUUGUUAAAUGUGCAUAAAUCUCUUUGUCAUAGUCUCGUAACAUGACAUUUUUGAGAAUGUUCUUUGACUCCAAGUGAUUUCAUUUGGCUUGAGUCAUCAUUUUGGCCGUCUCUUUAUGUAACUGAGAUCAAAUGCAGGAUACCCUCUUGAAUGUCUUAAACUGUCUGAUGGAACUAUUUCAAAGCUGUUUGGAAACAUGAAGUGUUUUUUUUUUUUUUUUUUUUUUGUAUAAUACAUGUUUCUCUUCGUGCGCCUGGUUUUUCUUGCAUGUGGUAGAGCAACACAACAGCAAGACUUCUCCAGGAGCUUUUUGAGAAGUCAUAGUUUCCACAGCCGACGCUCUCAUCCCUGUGCAGCCUUUCUCUAUGUCAGAGCAUCACACUGUACCCUGCAGUGGAUCAACAAGCAACUUUUCGUGAAGCACACGCCGCCCUUUCAAAUCUCUAUUAUUGAUUAAAGUAAAUUAUUUGAAAUUCCUAAGACACAAUGUAAUGUUUUGAAGAGAGCACAUGUGAUAUCUUUAUGUUCUGACACAUGAAUAUGAGUCCUACAUGGAGGUAGUAGGUAGAAGGCAACACAACUUGAACCACUUCAGACACCGAGGCCAUCGAAGUGAUGUUUUCAAAUUAAGUUCAAAACUGAUUUGUCUCUAAUCCUUUUCUAUUAGCUUAAUCGGUAUCAACUGCUUUGUGCUAAUAUUGAGUUUUUCUCCUGUGUUCGCCUUCUAUUUACAUCAAGUUUCUGCACUCAUUCAAACAUAACACUUUUUACAUCUAAGAUGUUUUGCGUUCAUAUUUUCUAAUUGUAUUUUCAAAAAAAGCAAAAAUGCAAAAACAGAACAUUAAUCUUUUUUCCUCAUGACCUGGGUACAGUGAUUGUGUAGUCUAUUGUACCUUCUGGGAAACAAUACUGUAUAUCCUUGCCUUUGACAGUCUUAACUAUCUUACCUUCUGGAGAACUUGACAGAUACCCUUAGAACACGAGUAUGUUAAAAAAAAAAUACAUAAAGUAAUAUUUUGCAAAAUGUAUCAUUCCAAUAAACUUUUACUUGUUAAGACUAA